AUGACGUCGGCUCACGAAAUCGCAGUGCGACGGGAGGGCUCCGGCUUGUGGCAACUGCGUAAAGACAAUGCAAAGUCAGUUCUCUCCUCCAAACCUGCUCGAAGCGAGGUUGGGCUAACGCUGUCGAGGAAGCUUGCAUAAUUGAGGACCCCUCUACGAGACGCCAUUAUCCUCGAGGGUAUGUCGAAACCCUCGAAGAGCGAGUGGCGCAGCUUGAACGCUCCGCUGCCAUCGUAGAGAGACCGAGAACCCCAGAGGAGAUCACCAUUACCGCCACCCACGUUUCACACGACGUAGGGCCAGUAGCGGAGGCGUCUGUGGUCGAUGCUACGGAGCAGAUGAACGGGCAGAUACAGAGGUACAGCCUUGAUCUUGAAUUUCUGACUGCCGUACUGACUAUGUGUAAAGCCACCCCGACGAUCACCAUGAUCACCAACUACAGUCUGAUCAUGGUGACCAUGCCGGAGGGGACGAAGAAACCGACGAGGAACCCUCAUCGCUUGACCUGCUUCUGCUAAGAGCCGCCGGCGGAGAACCACACUACUUUGGCUCAUCGUCAUCUUUUUCCUUCACAAAACUGUUCUCAGCAAGACUGAGGGGCUCUCAGUUCCAUAUGCCGGGAUUAUCGAUGAAUGGAAUGACGCACCCCUAUAUACAAGAACGUCCGCGACCUGCUCCUGCUCCAUUACCGGAUAGGGCGACGACGAAGAUGCUGACAACCUCAUAUUUUGAUAAUGUACACCCCCAGUUCCCUUUCCUGCAUAGACCAACUUUCCUCGAGUACGAGGAUGCAGUCAUGUCGGCUUGCGAGAAUGGCCUCACCCCGAAUCCAGUGUGGUCGUACUUUGUCUACAUGGUCGCAGCAGUAGGUUCCUUGACGGGGCCCCUUGCCGGCAGCACUUUGCCAGAAGGGCUGUACGCAGCAGGGGAAGAACUGUACGAACACGUCUUGCAGCUGAACAACUUGGAAGCCAUCCAAGCGAUGUUGUGUUGCGCCAUGUACUCCUUGAGAUCCCCGAUAGGCGUGUCUAUUUGGACGUUGUCGGGGUUGGCCAUACGCCAGUGCGUCGAGCUGGGCCUCCAUCGGGAUAUCCCCUGGGCAAAAGUCGACCCCAACACUCUCAAGACCCAGAUGCGCAGAAGGGUCUUUUGGUGUUCCUACAAUCUCGACCGCGGGGCUGCCGUCACGCUGGGGAGGCCGGUCGGCAUAGCUGAUAGCGACAUUGACGUCGAGUUGUUUCUCGACGUUGACGAUAGCAGCAUCACCCCGACGGGCAUCAGCAGCCAGCCUAGAAGCUCACCCACGGAGCCACCAACUGUGGUCUCGUCCGCCCUUCAUACGAUCAAGCUUCGAAAGAUCUGGGGCCGCAUGCAGAGCCAGAUAUACCCCCAAACAAGAGGCUCAGAGUCGGCAGGGAACAGUCUACUGGAGAGCAUGUUCAAGGACGAGCUCCGAGAGUGGCAGCAAACGGCCCCAGGAGAGCUGCCGCAAGGACGUGCUGCGAACAAUGCCUUUGGGAGCACCGAAUGGUACAAGCUGAUGUACCAUCACUCCAUCCUCUUGCUCUACCGUGGGCACCUGGUCACGAAGCAGCGGAGGAGGCCGUCCGCACAGUCGCCGGCCCAGCAAUCCUUGAAUGCCUCCGUCUUUCUGGACUGCGCCGCCUCCUCCCAGGGGAUCUGCGAGGCAUAUCGUGCGCUCUACAUGACCCAGAGACUGAAUGACACAUGGGCUGUUCUCCACGUCGUGUUCCUGGCCGGCCUCACAUACAUCCACUGUCUGUGGACGAGCUCGGAGACUCGCGCGGCAAUCCGACGUGAUACAGUUGCAUCGACCUGCACCAACUGCAUGAUGAUCUUGGUCGUCAUGACAGAGCGCUGGGCGUCCGUGGCCCCUUACCGGGACACAUUUGAGAUCCUCUCCAACGCCACGCAGAGUAUGCUCGUCGACCUGGACAGCGGCAUCCGUGGGUCGCCCCGCGGGCCUGCGCUGUCGGCCUACCAGGCUGACCAGGUAUCUCACUACCUGAUGGAUAUGGCUGACGUGGGCAUGUGCACCUCUGUAGAACAACUGUUAG